ACAUGUUUGGCUGCAUUUAUCAGCUAUGGGACUGGCUGGAGGCGCCACCGCUCUUCACGGCCGGCACCAUGGACGCCAAGAAGCUGCAACAGUUGCAGGCGGCAACGGCGGCCCAGCAGCAGAAGAAACUGCCGCUGGCCUAUCAAACAAAUCUGAUUGAUUAUCGCACGGCAACACAUUCGCCUGCCGGCUAUCAUCUGGCGCCGCAGGCGCUCUAUCAGCAAUCCCCGACGGCCACCUCGUCCAGCGGCGGCGGCGGCCCGCUCUCGCCCAUCGAGAUGCAGCCGCAGUCGAAGCACGGCCUGCUCAAGCAUACGCACGGUGGCAACUCGAGCAGCUCGCACAGCUCACCCUAUCAUCAGUCGUACUCGAGCGGCGGAGGAGGAGGCGGUGGGGAGCAGCUGUAUCAGUCGCCCACGGAGCGCACAUAUCUGGCAGCUGCUGGACGACUGCAGGCAAGCAAUGCGACCGCGGGUCAACAUCCCAUUUCGGCGCUGCAGGCGCAAUACCAACAGCUGCAGCAGGCCAAGAUGCAGGCACAGCUGGCCACGCAGAGCGAGGCGGCGCAGCAGCAGCAGCGCACAUUCGCCAUGCGCCAGGCCAUGAAUCCGCCCACGGGCCACUACCACAUGAGCCAAUCCUCCAGCAUGGUCUCCAACCUGACCCUCCAACAGCAGCAGCAGCAGCAGCGGGCGCCACCUUCCACGCUGAAUCUGGCCAAUCAAUAUCAGGCUGCCUCGGGCCCUUUGAAGCUGCAGCAGCAGCAGCAGCAGCUGCCCAAGCACUACCAGGAGCAGCUCUAUGCCCAGCAGCAGCAACAGUUGCAGCUGCAGCUGCAACAGAAACAACAGCUGCAGCAACAAUUGCAUCAGCAGCAGCAACAGCAACGUCACAAGCCGGAGCAGCAGACGCCUGGCAGCGAGCACGGGCCCGUCUAUAUACAACAGAAUCAUCCUGGGCAUGUGGUGAAUCAGGCCUGUCAGACACAAAUCUCGAGCGUGACCAGGCCGAAGCCGACGCCCAGCUCAGAGGAGUCCUCAUCGGCGUCGACGCGCAGUCCCACGCAUGCGCCGCUCGAUCGCAAGAAGAGCAUCGGCUCGAUGCAGGCCCUCAAGUCGCCCAUUACGAAGCGUCCACCCACGACGCCCGUCACGCUCUCCGGCUGGCUGCACAAGCAGGGCUCCGAUGGUCUGAAGGUGUGGCGCAAGCGUUGGUUCGUCCUGGCCGAAUAUUGUCUCUACUAUUACAAGGGCCCGGAGGAGGAGAAGCUGCUGGGCUCGGUGCUGUUGCCGUCGUAUCGCGUCGCCGCCUGCCUGCCGGAGGACAAGAUCUAUCGCAAGUUCGCCUUCAAGUGCGAGCAUCAGAAUAUGCGCACCUAUUGGCUGGCCGCUGACAGCGCCGACGCCAUGAUGCAGUGGGUCCGCGCUUUGGCAGCGGCCAGUCUGAUGCAGGCGCCCAGCAGCGGCGAAUCGGAGCCGAGCGUCAACUCCUCGCUGAAUCACAGCGGCGAGAACUCCGACUCGGGCAUACACACGCUCCAAUCGCAGCCGGGCAAGGGGCAGGUCACCCCCGCCUCCGAUAAUCCAGGAGCGGGCGGAGGUGCUCAGCCUUUGUAUGCCAAUGCGCCGCCCAAGCCGCGACGCAUCAACGACGGCGGCUACUCCUCGCCCUCGCCCGAGCAUAACGAGCAGCAGCCAUUGCCACCUAGUCGCCGCAUCCACUCGCCCGGCACACAGCAGCAGCAGCAGCUCUAUCAGCAAAGAUCUCAGCAGCCGCAGCCGCAGGCGCAGCAGCAUCAUGCCAUCUAUGAUACGCGCACGGGCCAUGUGUCGACGGCGCUGCAGCUGCAGCAGGCGCAGCAGCAGUACUCGCUGGAUCAUCUGGAGGCUCAGUUCCAGCAGCAGCAUCUGGACAUGGAGGAGCAGAUCGCCCGCCUGCAGCAGCAGCGCGCGGUCGAGGAGAUCUACGGCGAGCGGGAUCUCUACAUGGCCAAGCUCAUGCAGCGUCCCUAUCCGACCCAGCAGCAGCAUCAGCAGCAGCAGCUCCAGCUGCAGGCGGAGCGACGCACGCCGGACGCCUACGGCCGAUCCAAGCAGCAGCGCAUGUUUGCCGCUGCCGCCGCCGCCGCUGCUGCCGCGGACUACGAGGACAUCUACAAUAUGUCACAGCUGGCGGGCGCCGGCGGCGGCGCACUCAGCGCCCACGAAGCUCUGCUCCAGGAGGCGGCCAGCUAUAGGCGGCCCCUCAGUCCGCCCAGCUAUGAUGGCAGCAAGCAUGUGCCCGCCAUGCCUCAACGCUAUACGCCCAACCACUUGGAGCCCGCGGCCGCCGAUCAGCUAAUCAAUAACAUGGACUUGCGUGCACGGUCCGCGGCGGCGAUUGUGCGUCCGCAUUCUGCCGACUUUCUGGAGUACGAGGCGCGUGCCGAGGCAGCGGCCGCUGCCGCCGCCGCAGCCGUGGCGCACAGCAAACAGGAGGCGGGCGGACGUGCACCGCGACCCAAAUCCAGUUUGGACAUUAAUCGCACGCCGGACAGUUUCUACUACUCGGAGGCGAGUUAUGCGGAGAAGAUGCGCAAGAGCGCGUUGUAUCUGCAGAGCGGAGGCGCACAGCCGCAGCAGGCGGGCAGCUAUCGCAUUGCUGAAUUUGGCAGCGGCAUGCACACGAUUGGCUAUGAGAAUCCCUAUGAGCGCGCCCAUCAGCGCCAGGAGCUGCUCGCCGAGGCGCAGGCGGCGCAGGGCAGCGCCGCGUGCAGCAUGCCGCGGAUGAGUCGCUCGGCCAGCCAGGGAGCCGGCGGCGGUGCCGCGGCACGUUCCGUCUCCUCGCAUGCACAGCAACAACAGCAGGAUGUGGACUUGCCGCCACUUAAUGUGCAUCCGGGCUCCAUAUUCCCGCCCUCGAUGUCCACGCAGGAGAUCAUCAGCAAGAACGAGCAGUUCCUGCGCUCGGCCAGCGCCCGGCUGCCCAAGCGCAACGGCGGCCUGGACGACGAUUAUUCGACGGCCAACAAUUCGCUGGCCACAUCGCCGACGGCGGGCGCCGGGCCAUCGCCGCCAAAUCCGCUUGAUGGCGAACGCAAGCGCGAGGAGUCCAUGAAGCGUCUGCUCGAAUGGAAACAGCGCAUGCUGCAGUCUCCGUUGACGCGCAAAGGCGUCCAGCAGGGCGCCAACAAUAUGUCGGCCAUGUCCAAGCUGGGCAGCAAUCCGAACAUCCUGCUCGCCUCCACGGCCGUGGCCAGCGGUGCACGCUAUGCCCCGCAUGCGGGCAAAACCGGGCUAGUCGGCAAUUCUGGAGCAGCCACAAAUUCCAAUCCUGCCGCAGCCGGCGGCGGCGCCUCAGCGGGCAUUCAGCGCUCCAGAUCGGAAACGCAUGCGAAUAUGGGUCCCGGCGGUGUCUACAACAGCUACUCCUCGGAUGAUGAGGCUGGGCCGGGGCUGGAUGAUAACAUAAGUGUGACGGCAGGAAGGUCGACAGCAACAACAACAACAACAACAACAACUAGCACACAAAACACAACAACAACAACAACAACAACGACAGCUGCAACAAUGACAACAAUAACAAUAGCACAGACAACAGCAACAACAACAACAAUUAGUCUUAGCUCAAAUUUAACAACAGCAGCAGCAGGAGGAGGAGGGAAUGUGGGCAGCCCGAGCUUCCAGCUGAAGCCCAUCUUGAAGGUGCACGAGGCCAGCCGCACGCCCAUUAUUCAGGUGCAGCCCAGCGUGGGGCAGCAGCCGCCUCUGCGACCCAAGCUGAAACUGCAGCUGCAGCCGGUGCCCAUUUUGCCUAAAAAGCAGGCACCGAAAUCCCCGCAGAAUGUGAACUAUGUGCCCGUGUACAGCAACAAGCUGGCCAUAAACGAUGCCGAGGAGACGCCCAUGUUGAUGCAACUGAAGCUGUACAAGGAGCAGCAAGAGCAGCAGCAGCAGCAGCAACAGUCGGAGGAGGACCUGACGCCCACAGCGGAGGCAAAGCCAGCACCAGGUGAGGCGACAGCACCUGAACAGGAGAAGGAGGAGGAACAGGAGCAGAAGGAGGAACAGGAGCAGGAGGAGGAACAGGAGCAGGAAGAGGAGGAGGAUGAGAGCACCGCCUGCGAGGAGUACACAGACGAUGACAUAGAUGAGGCGCUAGCACAGGACGACGACGACGACAACGAGGAGGAGGCGGAUGUGAAGGAAACGCCUCUUCCUGCGCCUGUAGAAGUCAAUUUGUAUGAAAAUAAAACCGUGUCGGUGACAGAUCAGGCAAUGGACGAGAGUCAUUAUCUGCCCAUGACGCCCAAGAAGGUGGAGCUGGGCCAGCCGGGCACGCUCAGUCUGGUCGCCAUGCACGCCGAGGAGGAGGAGGCAGCUACGCAGCAGCAGAAGGAGGAGGAGGAGAAUCAUUACGUUGAGAUGACCAAGAAUCUUCACGACGACGACAACAGAAGCAACUACGAGAUCAUGUGCAUAGCCAGCCAGGUGACGAGCACGAGCCAGAGCAGCAGCAGAGUCCACACGGAACCCGUCUACAUGGAGCUGGCUGGCGCAGUCGCAGCCGCUGCAACCGCUGGCGAGGAGGCGCACUGCUCCUCGGGCCGUUCCACGCUGAAGAAGAAGAGCAAAAAGUGUACGAAAAAACGCGCGGGCAAAGACAUGCCGGACAUACUGAAGCCCACGAAGAGCAGCCUGGCGGCCAGCGACAGCUCCGAUGCGGACGACGAGAGCAGCAAACAGCAGCUGGAGGCGAAGAGAUUGCGCUCCCGCACACGUUUCAGCUUGUCAGACACGUUCCGGCCGGCGUCGUAUUAUCUGGGCGCCUCGACGCCGCUGAACAACUAUGCGGAGAGCUCAGACAGCGAGAUAUUGCCGCCGCCGCCCAUACCCGACUCGCCGCCGCCCAUGGAACAGCUAAAAACGGAGGAAAUCUUCUCCUCGGAGCACUACGAUACGGUGCGCCGGCGCGACAGAUCCUAUGAGCAGCUGCCCAAGAUGCAUGCCAGCAACAGCUCGCUGAAUUUGCCCAAAACCGAGCCGAGCACCGCGCUCAAGAGCAGCCGCCUCUCGCUGCCGGAUCACUUUGCCAAGGUGCGCGGCACACCUGAACAGUUGCAGCAGCAGCAGCGUCGGGCUACGGCUCUGGUGCUGCUCCAGCAGCAACAGCAGCACGCGCGCACCCUCUCCGACUCCAACUACAGCUGGCCAACGGAAAAAAGCUGCUCCUCACGCACCUCCUCCGACCUGGAGCUCUAUCGCAAGCUCCAGGUGCAGCCGAGCAGCGACUCGAGCGAAUCGGUGGAGUUUCGCCAGCGCUCCGAUUCGGAGCUGGAGCGUCAGCGUUCGCGUCGUCCGCUCUCGCAGGAGUCUAUUAGCGAAAUCGAGUCGAUGAGCGAACACUUCGAGGAGACGCUCAGCAGCCAUGAGCUGGACACGUAUCUCAGUCAUUUGCAGGGCAGCGAUCUGUUGCCCAGCCGUGCAGCUGGCGCCGAUCUACUGAUCAAGCCGCCAAAGAUCUUUCGCAAUGCCGAGGGCGAUGAGCAGCAUUUCUAUGGCAACAUACACUUUCUAUCCUCCACGGACUCCAUACAGCAGCUGGUCAGCAGCAGCAGCGGCGUCGUCCCCGGCGCCUGCCUCACCCCGCUGCACAGUCGCAACAAUAGCAAUAUAUCGACGCAAUCGGCGCCGUAUUAUUACUCGGAGCUGCCAGCACCGGCGGCGGCGGCGCAGCUGAACAAUCAACGGGAGAUACACGCACCUGGGCUGAAUAUAGCGCACAUACAUAAUCCCAUCGACAGGCGGCAGUUUGUGGAUGUCGUCGAUGCGCUGGUCGACAAGGAUCAGGCGAUCGAUAGCAAGAAUCUGUACAGCAUGAAGGCGAACGUGGAGAAGCUCAGCUACAGCUGCAACAAGAAUCUGAAGGCGGGCCAACAGCUCAAGCUGAACAACAACAACAUGCAGCUGGUGGAGCAAGUGUCUCCAGAUGGUCAUGGUUCAUUAAACCCAACUCAUUCACAUUUUACAAAUACUAAAAACACAAAUGUCGCUCCUAAACUGACUGGUGGUAGCCUGUAUGAGGCCGAGUCCGAGGCGGAGGCGGAUUCGGAGUCGGUUCUGGUUGUGGGCAAGAGCAGCACCACGAAUAACGCGAAUCAACUCUCAGUUCUAGGUGGCGAGCUGCUCUGGGAGGAGGAUGCACUGUGGCGCGAGAGCCUGCGUCGCGUCUCGCAGCGACACGCUCGUUCUCUGGACGAUCUGGAUCGCAUUGCGGCAGCCGCGCCCAUACCGACGCCAGCGCCCAUGACCACGCCCAGCUGUCAGGCGCACAAAACAAAGCUCAGCCGCGAAGUGACCUACGUGAACGAUAACCACAAGCCGCCGGCGCACCGUCUGCUGCAGGCAGCAACGCUCCAUCCGGCCGAUGAGCACGAUGUCUAUGUGCAGCUGCUGGCGCAGGGCUCGUCGACUGAUGCGGAUCUGUACGAGGUGCUGCGCGAGGAGACGGGCUCCAAUUUAUCGCACAAGUCCAACGAGCUGGAUCGCGAGACCAUACGCCAAUGGGACGCCAUGUCCAGCGGCCUGCUCAAGAGCAGCAAUAAUCCCGAGACCAUGCCGACCAGAACAGCGCCAACCUCCAGUGGGCCAAUGCUGCCGCUGACCAGCAAUGUGCGCUCCAUAAUCCAGCAGCUAAAUGGAGGCAGUGAAGCCAGCAACGAUGCCAAUGGGAAUGCCAUUGUUACAGCCUCGAUAUCGGUGCGCAAUGUCAACAACUUGCCCAAGGUCAAUCUGACGGUCAAGCCAGAACCCUCGGAUGCACUGCAGCAGCAGCAGCAGGACUCGGCAUUCGCCCACUAUGAUCCCUACUAUGGCAACGGAACGGAAACCAAAUAUGCCAAGGCCACACAGCUGACAGAUCGCGCUCCAUACGGACGCACAGUGGGCAUGGCCACAUCGACGCCACAACAACAACAGCAACAACAAUUGCCGUUUGCCAUGCGACGUGCCGGCAGUCGAGCUGAAAUUGAUAUGCUCGAGCGUGAGACGAGCUCACAGAUAAGGAAUCGACUACGCGGCGCCGAGGGCCUCACCCGGGCGGAGAGCAUUCAGCGCUUGGAUUAUCUGAAGCAGCAUUUGCUGGACCUGGAGCGCCAGUAUGAGAAGAGCAAGCCGCUGGUCAAUCUGGUGGACAACAUGGUGAAGCUGGGCUCGCUCUAUCGCAACGAUGCCAAUGGCCGAGCCCAGCCGGCGACCCUGGAUCGCCUCGAGUUCAAUCAGCGCAUGCAGGAGCGCCAAAUGCUGCAGGAGGAGCAGAAGCAAUGGGAACGCCUCAGUCCCAAUCAGGCCGAGUUGCAGGUGCGUGAGCUCUAUCAGCUGGAUCAGCUGCUGCAGGAGGAGUCGGGCAUCUUGCAGAGCCUGCAGCGUGACAAGGAGGAUUUGGAGCGUGCUUUGGGUGGUCUACGUGCGCGCAUACAUGACAACAAUGCCACGCCUAUGGCUUUGGAGGCGGCCAAGAAGCAACAGCACAUACUGGAACGGGAGCUGUCCCGCGUGCAUCAGCUGCUGGCCGAGAACUCAAAGAAACUGGAGCAGACCGUGGCGGGCAAUGCGCGUCUGGAGCAGGAGCUGCUCACGCUGCGGCAGAAGGUGCAGGCGACGCGUUCGAAUGGCGCAGGCAACGAUCCUAACCAGCUGAACGGCAACCAGACGGCGGCGGUGCUGCAGUCGGAGCUGGAGCGUGUCCAAUCUCUGGUCGGGGACAUGCAGCGGCAGCGGCACGAACUGAGCUCUGCGGUGCGCCAGCUGACGGAGAACUCGACGCGCCUGUACCAGGAAAUUGGCAACAAGGAGCUGAGCCCGCCGAAUGGCUCCAACGGCAGCUUGAAGAAGCGCAGCAACUCAACGAGCUGGACCGAAACCGAUCUGGAUGCCAAUAUGCAUAUGCACAAUGGCAGUCAGCAGCAUCUAAAUGAUUCGACACUGAAUCUGUCUACGCCCCUCUACGUGGACACCAACACGAACAGCUCCGGCAAGCUGGCCGACUACAGUCGCUACAAUGGUAGCAGCGAUGCCCUCGAGCUGAGCGGCGUCGAUAGCGAUGGUUUUCUGGACAGCAAUCCCUUUGCCAAUCUGAGCAAUCUCGAGAAGCAGGAGAUCAAAACGGUGCGCAUUGUUAAACGCGAAUCGGAGCGCCGACAUCGCGAUCGCAGCGAACGCGGUCUUAGCAAUUCUAUACAGAAUCUCGAUCAGGUGCUCGAGGAGGAGCACUACGCUCAGCAGUUGCAGCAGCACCAGCAGCAGCAGCAACAGCUGCUCGAGGAGCAAAUGGGCAAUGGGCAUCAUAGCCGCUCCAAGUCGCUGCCACGCAACUACAGUGAACCGCCAAAGCCCAGGCACAGCCGUCAUUUGAAUGGCAAACAGAAUGGACACCAUUUUAAUGGUGGCUCCGACUACGAUCGGAACAGCAACUAUGAGCAUCAAGCGCCGCCGCCGCCAGCUCCUCAGAGCAAUGGCCAUCAUCAUCAUCAUCAGCAGCGGGAGCAGCAGCAACGGGAGCAUCUGAAUCCUUUGGCCAAUGCCUACUUUGCCAAGCAGCUGCAGCAGCAAACGCAUCCGGGCAGGGACAGCGCGAGGGUGGCUCUGCGCACCAAGACCGACUCGCUGCAGAGCCUCAACAAGAGCCUGACGGACAUCAGUCCGGAGCCGGUCUUCCAGAGCGUCGCCGCGCGUCAGAUCAUCAACGAAAUGUCCGCCGGCUCGGCUUCGGAGGAUACCGAAAAGAUUGUCGAGCGCGUGCCGCCGCCGCACAAACAUCGACGCGCCGUGCCGCGCGAGAAGCGGAGGCAUUACACGGCGCCCAACAAUGUCAACCAGAAAGCCAUGGAGAAGGUGCAGGCCGAGAACGACAUGAAUCGCAAUAACACCAACUGGCGAGCACGCGAUGAUCUGGACAUGGAGGUGGCGCUGCGUCCGCGCAUCAAUGCGCCCGAUGUGGUGCGCUCCGCGCUGGGCCAGGGCGAGAAGAUCUCCGAGAAUACCAUUGACAAUUUGCUAUUGGCGCCCAACAAGAUAGUCAUACCCGAGCGUUACAUACCAGAGACAACGCCCGAACUGUCGCCGGAGGAGAAGAAGCGUCGCCAGGAGAAGGUUGAAUCCAUCAAAAAAAUGCUCGCCGAAGCGCCCAUAAGCAGCAAUGAGAACGAGACGCUGCCUGCCAGCAAGAUCAACGCGGAGAAGAAGCAGCGCGAGCAUUUACUGCAGCUAAAUCAAAUAUUGGCCCAGCAAGUCAUGCAAGUCAGCAAAAUUGUUGCCGGCAAUCCCACUAGUCACAACUAACUCAAUUCUAGCUUGUCGUGUUGUUUAUGUUUUUGUUUUUGUUUCUAUUUAAUUGUUCACACUUUUUUUUGUUAUUUGUUUGAGUUGUUAAAUGGGCCACGAACUGUUGUCCAGGUUCAAAUGUGUGUCUUUUGUAAACCAAGUUACAUAUGCAUAAACAACAACAACAACAACAACAACAAUAACAACAACUACAUACAUACAACAAAUACAACAAAAUAAAAAGAAAAAUACAGCACAGCAAGAACUCACGCGACGUUGAGAUUAUCGCAUGCUAAGCUCACAAAAAAACAAAAAACAAAAACAAAUCAGUUCAAGCAAUCACAAAAUACUAAACGACAACAACAACAACAACAACAAUGCAAUUGCAACAACAACAACAAGUACCAACAAC